CACCUGGCAGCGUUAGCGGCAGCAGUCGAAAAAUUGAGUUUGUGCGGUGCGCUUGUUGGCGGCGACGACGGCGGCGCAGAUGGCUUCAUCUUCUGCAAGAGUUAUUCAGGCCGUCAAGCCCCACAACCCGCUGAUAAAAUUUCGCGCCGGCAGCGCGAGGGCCGAUAGAGUUCUCACAGGGCCGACACAGACCACUGCUUCAUCCACAGCGAUGAAGGCGACGAGUAGCGCUACUCCCGCAGAAUCUAAACCGGUGGGCUCUGCGCCACGCGGAUCCGGUAUCGACGAAUCUCAACUACCAGCCCGGUACGCCAGGAAACCGCUGUCUCAAUACGAAGGCGACUACAUACAGAGAGGAGGCCCCGAGUAACAAAGGUCCCUGCAUAGUUGCUGUAAAUAAGAAACGCUCAAAAAGAAUUCCUUGAAGCCCAUGUUGAAGAGCCCUGCUUUAUAGCAGCAAUAGUGGAUGGAGGGGGGGGGACCACGACAAGCAUGGGAAGAAUGCACCAAUGCAAUUAUUUAUUUGAUGAAUGCAGGCAGAGAUGAAGGCCUCGUGUAGGAUGCACUGUGAAGACAACGAUGAAGGUGGCUGCUACACUCUGCAAGUGCCCAGUGCAUUCCCAUGCAAUUAAAUAUGUUUGUUCUUGUUGUGGUUAA